AUUAAAUCCCCGUAAUGGACUAUCCCGGGGCUUCAUGCAACAGUCACCUAAAGGCACAUCGUUUCUGUUUGGGGUCCCCAGAGAUGUAGGACCAAGGACUGGAAAGGGGACACUAGGGGAGUUAGCAGGCCUGAAUUCCCAGGGACCUCACCCACAUUUUUUCAUAACCUUUUUUUAUUUUUAAUUGCCCUGCUCCUGUGCCCUCCCCCAUCCUAGGGCUAAGCAGCGGCUGAUUUGUAAGGGAAGGUGGGCACGUUUCUUUUCCACCUCCAGAUCUGGGCUGGAAAAAACCCUCCAACCAGGCCUCCUCUCCCUGGGUGAAGAGGAGAGUAGGACAGAGUGGGGAGCGAGGCAGGGCCUCAUCAUUCCAUAGCUCAGGAGCCAUGGCCGUUUCCCUGGGCCUCCCAGAGGCUCCCGCCCUCCUCCGGCUUUCACUGCCUGGAGACUGAGGAUGAGGACACCUGCCCCAAAGGCCCCAAGAAGGAAGACUGGGUGAGGGGAAGCAGAGAUGCUUGGAGGACAAAGUGUAGGAGGUAACUGGGAAAGGAGGUGUGUGUUCAGCCUGGGGUUGUGAAAACCACUGCGGGAAGGAUGUUUGUAGGCCUUCAUUCACCUGCCAGCCACAUUGUGAAGCGAGGUCCCUAGCACCUCCCCCAAACUCCAAACGGAACCCACACAACCCCAAAUUUUGUCCUUGAGGAUUCUACUCCACAUCCCAUCUGCAAAGGCUGGUUUGGAAGUAACCUGCCUCCAUCAGGCAACCCCCUCAAGUUGUCAGGGAAGUUCCUUGUGGGCCUCAGCCAACCCCUGUCCUAGCUCAGGACCCUCCUCAGCCUCCACCAUGGGGACUGACAUCCCUGCAGCCCCACCCUACUGGCUUCUCAUUCAAUGCUGCCAUGUAUGUGCUUGUUUCCUCUUACCCAUUCCUUUUCCCCAUUCCAACCCAGAGGGAAUCUACAGGCCUUAUUAUCUCUCUGUGGCCUUCAGGGUAGCUGCUUCUCUGUGGCCUGGAGGAGCCCCCAAGAGGCAUUGCUCUUCUUCCUAAUUAACCUGUGUCCUGUCUGUGGCCUGUAAUGGAAUCAUCAGCCAAGGCCUUGAGCCCAGGGCCCUUCCCUAAGCCUAAUCUUGGAGGAAUUGACAUGGGGGAAUAAAUGUCUUUGCUUCUCCCAGGGCCUCCUGACCCUGUGCCCUCUGGUCUCCAGGGCCACAAUAGUGCCUCUAACUGCCAGGUUGAGUAUCAUGUUAGGUGGUGUCAGGUUCUUUUGCCAAGCUGGUCCUACCCAGCCUGGCUCUGAGACAGGGAGGUAGAAGGUAAGGGCUGAUAGGUUGAAUAGCAUGAAGCCCAGAAGGAGGGAAGAUAGCUCAAUAGCAGUGACUGGACUCCCCCACUCCUCAUGACAUGCUUGUCCAUACCAAGGAUCAUGACUAAAGGGACCACAUUUGACACUAUGGCUCCUGGGUCUUUGUGGGCCUCCAGGGCAAAAGAGGAAAUGAACAGUGGAUGGGGACGGGCAUCUCCCUUGCUGGCUGAAUCCCCCAUGCUUAUGUAUCUCCUGAGUCUUGACAGCUUUGACCCUAGCCCCUGACCAGACUCCACCCUUUCCCCCUUACCUACCCAGGGGCCAAUGCAGAGCUGGGAGGGAGAGGGGCCCAGUAACUAUACCUGCCUCCCUAGGCUCAUCUUUGGCACCUUGUACCCAGCCUAUUCUUCCUACAAGGCCGUGAAGACCAAAAACGUGAAGGAAUAUGUGAAAUGGAUGAUGUACUGGAUCGUCUUUGCCUUCUUCACUACAGCUGAGACGCUGACGGACAUUGUACUCUCCUGGUUCCCCUUCUACUUUGAGCUCAAGAUUGCCUUUGUGAUAUGGCUUCUGUCCCCUUACACCAAGGGCUCCAGCGUACUCUACCGCAAGUUUGUGCACCCAACACUAUCCAACAAGGAGAAGGAGAUCGAUGAGUACAUCACACAGGCCCGGGACAAGAGCUACGAGACCAUGAUGAGAGUGGGCAAGAGAGGCCUGAACCUGGCUGCCAAUGCCGCUGUCACAGCUGCUGCCAAGGGCCAGGGGGUGCUGUCAGAGAAGCUCCGGAGCUUCAGCAUGCAGGACCUGACGCUGAUCCGAGACGAGGAUGCACUGCCUCUGCAGGGAACUGAAGGCCGCCUCCGAACUGCCCCUGGUGGCCUUCUAGACACCAUUGAGGACUUAGCUGAUGAGGCUGCCCUGAGUAUAAGGUCUAGCACAAACCAGACAGAUCCCCGGACAGAGACCUCAGAGGAUGACAUGGGAGACAAGGCCCCCAAGAGGGUCAAAUCCAUCAAAAAAGUGCCCAAAACUGAGCCACUGGCUUCCAAGACACUAAAGACCAGGCCUAAGAAGAAGAGCUCUGGCGGGGGUGACUCAGCUUGAGGCCCCAUGCCCCCACACUGCGGAGCAAAGAGGGAGCCCAAGGAAGGGGCCACAGCCCUAGCCCCUGCUCUAUACUGUGCCAUCAGCCUAGGUGUCUCAGGCUCUGGGGCUCCCUCAGAUACUCGUUCCUGAGACCCACCCAGUGGCCACUCCUCUGGAGGGGGCUUGGAAAAGAGAAGAGAGGCCCAGCUGUGCGGGUUGUGGGUAGAGGUGGCCCCAGAGCUGAGCACUGAGCUCCCAAGGAGGGGAGGGCUCCUCAGCCCACACUGCUCUUCUCCCCACUCCAGUCCUGCCCUGCCCAUCCAGUGCCUUGCUGAAGACCAUGGCCAUCCCCUUCUUUGAGGCCCUGACAUGCCCCCCUGUUCUCCCCAGGAUGAGGGUUAGGGACAGUCACAGCCAGAUGUACCAAGGAAGGGGCCUGAAGGCACUGGGAGAAAGGGAGCAAAUAGGACAGGCCUUGAGGGACCUGGAUGGGGCUUCUAGACACAGCUUUUGAGUGAAGGACAUGAAUUUUGUGUGGAUUUAAAUGACUGAGAUGCCCUGAUCAGAGCUGCAUCUGGUAAGGCUGUGUGCUACAUGUCCCCCCUGAAAAAAGAGGGUAGGGUUCGGUGUGUGAGUGUUGAGUGUUAUUUUACUGGGUCUAGAGCUGGGGCCAGUUUGGGUUAAGGACUCUCCCUCUAGUGCUCACCUCCUUCCACUCUCAGCCCUGGUCUUUCCCCCUCUUCACUGUCCCUGCUAGUCUCUGAGCCUCAGAGGAUCCCAGCCCAGGUCAGGAUGGGGCUCUAAGGGACCUCUCUGCUCCCCCUCUAUCCUUGAUCCUUUUUGCCUCACCUACUCCUGUCCUGACUUCCUAGACCUCAGUCACUGCAGAAGCCCCGCUGAGCUGGCUCCUUCCUCUUCCCACUGGGUCCUUCUUUGCCCCAGGGUCCCAUUCUUAAGCCAAGCAGACCCCUGUCAGAGCCCAGCUCCAACCCUACCCCACCUCCCAUUUCUGCGUGGCUACCAUCAGGGCCAAGAGGAACCUGUGACAAAAGAAAUGCAGGAGCAGAAGGACUCUCAAUUCUUUGUAAAGAUAGUGCCCAUUGGACCUUUGGCACUAGAUGAGCCAAUAAACCAAAUUCUGGCACCUCA